AUGGCUCCAAAGAGUUGUGAUGACACAAAUGUCCCAUCCACAGUUGAUGAGACUGAAGAGCUGACCACUGAGAGCAAGUGCAUCCAUACAGCUGUCAACCACCCAAAUCAGACCAGUCCAGAGCUCGGCCCACUCACCAAGGUUGGAGAGGCCCUUGAUGACGAAAUGGCUCCAAAGAGUUGUGAUGCCACAAAUGUCCCAUCCACAAUUGAUGAGACUGAAGAGCUGACCACUGAGAGCAAGUGCAUCCAUACAGCUGUCAACCACCCAAAUCAGACCAGUCCAGAGCUCGGCCCACUCACCAAGGUUGGAGAGGCCCUUGAUGACGAAAUGGCUCCAAAGAGUUGUGAUGCCACAAAUGUCCCAUCCACAGUUGAUGAGACUGAAGAGCUGACCACUGAGAGCAAGUGCAUCCAUACAGCUGUCAACCACCCAAAUCAGACCAGUCCAGAGCUCGCCCCACUCACCAAGGUUGGAGAGGCGCAGCAGUCUUCUGAGGAUGAACUGCUGUCAGAUCAGGACAAAAUUCCAACUCCAGAAUUGGACCAAAUAUCAUCUGAUGAAGCUGAGGACAUGUCUGACAAGGAAUACAUACCUGACUCGGAGGAUGAUGAAUAUGAUUCAGAUGCCAGCAUACCCUUAUGUCAAGUCAGAUGCCCCUUUAAGCCAGAAAACGAAGAUUUGGAUGACAAACCUGGGAGAACCAAAGUACUGGGCUUGGCUGCAGCUCUGGAGUCUACAUUCUGUCAGCAGAUCUCAGUGGAGUGUGGAAGCUCCUUAGUGUCAUGA